AGCACGGUAAUGCUAUUGGAUAAUGUAACCCGAACAUGUUUACACAACUGUAUUGAAGAGGAAACACAAUUUUUAAAUGAAUUUGGUGUGAAAUGUUCAGCGGGAGAUAAUCGCACGGAAUGUUAUCGAACAAGGUGUUUCAAAGGCUGUGAACUGUGGUGGAAUGCCUUAAAGGAAUUUGAGCCUUGCCAGGAAGCAUGUUCUUCUACGCAAUUCUAUCCCUUCGAUUUACCCUGCAUUUCCGCCUGCGAACAAUCACAGCGACACUACUGGCACUUGCAGCGUUUGCGGGUCGAACAUGUUGUGACGAGUGUUCAACCCCAGCUGUUGCAUGACACUGACGUUGUGAACGCAUUGACACUUAAAUGGCCCAUCGGCAUGGAUGAGUUGCCAGCACAAUAUUUCGCUAGCAGACCAUUUAAUAUACAAUACCAAUAUGUGAUGAAGCGAACGAAUUGGGCGCCAUCGCCAACAGAGCCAUCAAAUAGAAUGUCAGCAUUUGUAAAUGACACCGCAGGCAGCAAUACCAUCAUCAGAAGCAACAUCGAUGAGGGGGAACAGGAAGAUUCACACGGACAACAGGAUGUGGAUAUUGCAAAACAAUGGUGGAAUUUGGCCGAUUACAAUUGUAAUGAGAAUUUCGAAUGUGAUAUUAUGGAUGGUUUGGUGCCAUAUGUGGCAUAUAGGUUCCGUUUCGAAAUCCCCUUUGGUCAAAAUUUAGACGAUGUACUGUACACUCCAGCCUCAGACAUUUUUACCACUCCACCAAUGGGUGCACCAAUAUCACAGCCCAUAAUUAAACAAGCCCUGGCAUUAAGUAGCAGACACAUUGCGAUCUUUUGGGAGCCGGGGAAAUUUACAAAUGGCCCACUGAAAAAUUACAAACUGGAGCUAAUGGAAAACAAUGAAGCCGAGAAUGGUAUAAACGAUGAAAUGUUACUACCACCAAAUGCUUCGUAUAUUAUACUACCCAACUCGGAAAACGAUAAUUACAUAAUACGCUUAUCCAUGCUCAAUGAAGAAGGUGAAGGACCAUAUGCGGAAAAUGAAAUCAAGCGUAAUAUACCUACCAGUAAUAUACCUACCACGAAGCCGAAUAUUCAAACCUUACUUGUUGCGGGACGGCAGAAUAUUAUAUUGAAAUCUCUGGAUCCCUUGCAGGAAACGAAAACUUUAUUUAAAAGUGAUCAGCAGGUGGCAGAUUUUGAUGUAAAUCAUCAUACACGGCAAUUAUUUGUGGUGGAUAGUGAGGGUCAGAUGUUUAGUUUUUAUAUUGAAAAUCCCUUGAAUUACUCGAUGAUUGAUUUGAAGUUGGAAAGUGUGACUUUUGCGCCCAAUAAAGUGUCAGUGGAUUGGUUAAAUCUUCGUCUUUAUGUUGCCGGAAAGAUUUCCCCCGACACCUGGCAAAUAAUUGUUACCGAUUACCAAGGAUCUGUCCUGGAAACAUUGGCGGAAAAUUUAACAACUCCUCUUCAUAAAAUCCAAAUUGAUCCUCUUAACGGAUGGUUAUUUGCCACCAGCACAAAUGGACAAUUGAUCCGCAUAAAUUUGGCCACAAAACACCUCACAUUCAUACCCAGUCCCCUACCAAUUCAGACAUUUUCAAAUGAUUACGAACAUUUCCUGCUAAAUACCUUCGAUGAUGAAGAACGUUCGCUCUAUGAACUUAGCUAUGAUGGAAUAUAUCGCCAGAAAUUACCUGAACGUGUAACAUAUAAAUUCGAAGGAGAUAUAUCGGGAUUUUAUUAUUGGAAUAAUAAUUUCCUUGUGGCGACGAAUGCUACACAUUUCCUUAUGCAGGAUGAGGAUAAGAAGUUGGAUAUUAUUGCUUUGUCGGAUUUGAAGGAUAUCGUGAAAAUAAUUCCCUUAUUUGCUGGUCGAGAUGCUAAAAUAAUACAACCCAUACCGAGACCUUUGAAGAGUCCGGGCAAUUUACAAGCUGUGGUUUCAGAUACUAAGGCGAAAAUAAGUUGGUCCGAACCGGAAAUGGUAAUGCAGUUUCAAUCUAACGGCUGUUGGCAUAGCUGGGAAUACGAAUUGGAAAUUAUGGAUGUGGCAAGUAAUAGUGCCUUUAAUAUACGUGGCAUUCGAACGCGAUACUUCGAGGUGGAACGGCUGCAGGCAAACAAUUUAUAUAGAAUUAAGGUGAGGGCCAUGUUUUUGGCAGCGGGUGGUAGGAUGUCCAGCGAAUCAAGUGAAUGGUCUGAGGAGUUGAUGACACGCACCUGGCCAAUGGCUAACCAUCGUUUGUUAUGGGCUACCCAGCGGGGUUUGUAUGAGACCAACGAAUUGGCUGAAACUGUGGAACUGAAAGGCCUCAGAGAGGAAAAUAUACAAACUUUUGUACAGGUUAAUAGUUCCGUGUAUUAUGUAAAUUCCGACACGAGAGAAUUGAAAUGUUUUAAUCUAAUGCAUCCGGAAAUCCCAUGUGGCUUCAGGGCGGAGAAUGUCUACUGGUUGGAUUAUGAUUGGCGUGGUGGCAAGCUAUAUUGGUCCGAUGUGAAGAGAAAUUGUGUCCUCCGAGCCGGUUUGCAGGGAGAGAAAAAAGAGAUUUUGCCCAUUUUUGAGGCCAGACAAAUUAAAGUGGACUCACGGAAGGGUUAUUUGUUUUACAAUACCGAUUCACGUUUGGUGAGGCGUUACCUAAAUGGAGCUCUCGAAGCGGAGGAAUUGGAAUAUUAUCAUGUUAAUGGCAAUGGUGAGCGUAUUAUGGGCUUCACCCAUGAUUUUAUGGCGGAUGAGCUAUAUUGGCUGGUUCAGCACCAAGAAGAGGCGGUGAAGCUAUUUCGAUCCAAUGUAGAGCUAUUGAAAAUUGAGGAAUAUCUGGAAUUAUCCGCCGAAGUGAAUGUAAGGGAGCAAAGUUUACAGUAUCUGAAAGAAAUAGAGGGCUUCCUUUGGCUCCGUGGGGAACGGGGAAAUGUGGCCAUGGUGUUGCGCAAAGAAUAUCCCAAACAAUUGUCGGAAAUCCAUUUACCCCUGGCCUCGGAACACAAUGAUAGAGUUAAUUUCCUCAACUUGCGUUAUGAUUUUAUGGGUUAUAUGGACCAGCUGGUGAUUCCCGAAGCUGUGGAGCGUGAGGGUAUACGCAUAACUGAAGGUUUCUGGGAUGAUUUCAAUAUUAAAUGGCCGGCUGUGGGAAGUGCGGAAAAUUUACCAAUCGUCUAUCGGGUUCUAUUGACCUCAGUGGCAGAGGAGGAUUCCGCACAGGAGGAUAUUUUGAGUUUUGAGGUAUCCCAACCUAUGCUGAGAAUCACCGAAAUGAAAAUAUCUUCUCACAUGAUAAAUGUUAGCAUAACCCCGGAAUCGUGGUGGUCCAAAGGUCCCACAACAUGGUCUUUGCUAAGAACUCCCUCGGCUGAUCCCAAGCAACCGAAAAAUUUACGAGUAUUUGUGGAGGCAGUACCCCAACCUCUGUCGGAGGAGGAGGAUGAGAUGAAUAUUACAGCGUUGGUACGCUGGGACUCCCCGGAUAAUAUCAGCUCGGAAAAGGAGGCAUUCUAUAAGGUCUAUUGUUGGCACAAGGAUCAGCUGUAUCAGGUCAAGGAUGUUGAAGAUAUGGGUCUGGCGACGCAUGAAAUGCGUUUCUAUAAUUUACAAAGGGAUGAGACCUAUAUGUUCCAGGUACAGGCAUUUUCUCUGGCACGUUCUAAGGGCGGUGAGAAAUCCGCCCUGGUAAGCUAUCACAUAAAUCCGCAAGCCCAAUCGAGGCCGAAGUUGUUAUUCAGCACGGCGGAAUAUAUUGGCGAAUUGGAUAUGGAUUUGAAUACCACAAAAAUAUGGCUGCACACCUCCAGCGAAGUGGAACAUAUGGUGGUGAUGCCCGGAGAAGCACGUCUAAUAUGGGUUAAUGAAAAUGUGGAGCUAAUGACCUAUCAACCGGGUACCCCGGCCCUUAAAUUGGCUCGCAUGCGGGCUGAAGUUUUAUCUCUGGCCGUCGAUUGGAUUCAACGCAAAGUUUAUUGGGCUGAGCUGUCGGGAGAUAUAGAGAAUCCGGUGGAUAUUUACACGCUGGAUCUGAAUCUCUACGAGGGUAAAAUAAUGCAGGGUCAACAUUUAUUUUCUCUCAGCAAUGGUCGGCUUUUACGUGAUCUUUUGGUCUUGCCCUAUUCGCAAUUGUUGUUGUGGUUGGAAUAUGAUCCGGAAACGGAGGGUGGUGGUGGGAUUUUACAGUCCCGCGACCUGGGAAAUUUAAUGGAGAUGAAAUGGAGAAAUCUCCCCCCUACGCCGCUGGAGAAAAUCUUCGAAGAUUCAGGUCUAAGGGAUAUGGAAUCGGUAAAUCUGUUGGGCGCCAAUGGCAAAUUAUAUUCAUACGAGGUGGAAAGGCAAAUUUUGACCCAGAUGAAAAUUCCGCUUACGAACGUGGCUGAGAUUCGGGAUUUUGAAAGGGAUACGGAAUUUAUUUAUAUGCUAUAUAAUCGUACGAUAAAGGCUUAUAGUCGGAGGAAGCAUUCGGUGGACUAUGCGGUUGCAUUGCGAGAGGUGAAAGUCAUCAAGGCCUUUAAUUAUCAAAGUUAUCCGAGGAAGGAGUGUUUGCUGCCAGCCAGGUGGCCUCAGGAGGAAGAGGAGGGAGAGCAGGAUCAGGAGGAGGGUGAGGGGAAAGAAGAAGCCGAAGGAAAGAAGAAAGGGGCCGAACAAAGUAAUUUCCUGAAGAACUUACUUGUCCAAGAAACCGGUCAACGAUAUAUCCACCUCCAACUGCCUCAGCACAAUUUCCUUGGCCCCUGCUCCCUACCCAUACCUGGCUUGAGGUACCAACUCACCGUGGAGGACAAUAAAUCCUACACAGAGACCUUUGAUUUAAUUGGUAAUUUCAGCCAACUAAAUAUUACCAAUCUGAGGCCCUACACCAAUUACACCCUGCAACUAAAGGCCAGCUCCUAUUAUCAACAAAAAUUGCUGCUAAAUGAGACCCACUAUCCUGCAUUUAAGGUCCUCACAAAUCCCGGUACUCCCACACAGCCAAGGAAUUUCUCAGUCAUUGUUAUCAGUCCCAGCGAAGUCUAUGUCAGUUGGCAGGAACCCCAAGAACUAAAUGCUCCCCAGGUCGAGUAUGCCCUAAGCUUUGAGGAAGAGGGUGCUUCGCGUGGCUAUCGCAUCGAUUUGCAGGAACGAGAAUAUAUUCUUCGGAAUCUGAAGCCUCUACGGAAAUAUUCCCUAUGGGUUUCGGUGCAUGCUGACGGCGGGGUCGAAACGAACAGUACCGAAAAAUUGACCAUCAAUACCUAUGCCGAACCACAACCAUUACUUCUGCUCGAUGCCCAGCCGCGCAAUUUGACUCUCUAUUGGAAUUCCAGUAGUAUCGCUUACCGUUCAGUUAUUUUGGAAUGUCUACCGCACAGUCAGGACCCCGACGAGACCGCAUUUAGUGUGGACAUCACCCACCUCAGCGGCAAUGUGACCAUUACCAAUUUGGAACCCAAAACGAAAUAUGAAUUCUAUUUUAAAUUAACAUAUCCCCAGGCCGAGCAGGCCUAUAUUUGGCCCACCGAACCCAGCACACAUUUUAUCUAUGAAACUUUGGGCACAGUACCUGGCCGCCCGGGACGUCCAAUGUUGGAGCACAUAAGUGGUGAGAUCUUUAAAAUCCAAUGGGAUGCGGCAGAGCGGCAUGGUGCCGCUUCUCUUCAAUACAGCCUUGAAGGCUUGCAGGCCCGCACUGUAAAACGUAGCCGACGUGAGGCAGUAGCUUCCUACCUCAACUAUACCUCCAGCAUUAGUGUAAUUUCCCAAUUACCCUGGGCUGAGGAGCUACAACCCAUCGAAGACAAAUGGAUUGUGGUCUGCAAUACCACAGAGCUAAGUUGCAUCGUCCGGCAGCUGCACACCCUGCGACUGCUUAUGUUUAGGGUAAGGGCCCACAGCCACGAGUACGGUUGGGGUGCCUACAGUGAGGACAGUGAACGUGUUCUCGAACCAUAUGUGUCACCGCAAAAGCGUAAUUCCUUGGUAUUGGCCAUAAUGGCACCGGUGGUGAUUGUGGCCACUUGUGUCAUCAUUCUGUUUGUGAUACGCAAAGUACACAAACGCCGCCUGAAAGCCAAACAACUAUUGGCCAAAAGCCGACCCAGCAUAUGGAGCAAUGUGUCGAGCAUGCAACAGCAGUUCGAUCGGAAUCGUGCCUUCUCCAUGACCAGCAAUGCCACCAUGUACACAGGCGGGCCAUUGAGUGAUGCUGACAUUGCCCUGCUGCCGCAUGUUAAUUGGAGUCAAAUUUCAUUGUUGAAUUUUUUGGGUAGUGGUGCCUUUGGUGAAGUCUAUGAGGGGUUGCUGAAGCACGAGGAUAAUGAGACGCCCGAAAAGGUGGCCAUUAAGACCCUUCGCAAAGGAGCCAGUGAAUUUGCCGAAUUGCUGCAGGAAGCCCAGCUGAUGAGCAAUUUCAAACAUGAAAAUAUUGUUCGUUUGAUUGGGGUUUGCUGUGAUACCGAAUCGAUAUCGAUCAUAAUGGAGCAUAUGGAGGGUGGAGACUUGCUUAGCUAUCUGCGGGAAUCGAGACCAAAUUCAACGAAACCCGUUGCCUCUCUGCAGCUGCUGGAUCUCAUGACCAUGUGCAUUGAUGUGGCCACCGGUAUGGCCUAUUUAGAGGAUAUGCAUUUUGUCCAUCGUGAUUUGGCAUGUCGCAAUUGUUUGGUUUCAUCGCGAGUGCCCAGUAAACGUGUGGUUAAGAUUGGAGAUUUCGGUCUGGCCCGUGAUAUUUAUAAAAGUGAUUAUUAUCGCAAAGAGGGUGAAGCCUUGGUUCCGGUACGAUGGAUGGCACCGGAAAGUUUAGUGGAUGGAGUAUUUACCACACAAUCCGAUGUCUGGGCAUUUGGGGUGUUGUGUUGGGAAAUUUUAACCCUGGGCCAGCAACCCUAUGCUGUACGUAAUAAUUUCGAGGUAUUGACAUUUGUCAAGGAGGGUGGAAGGUUGGAGCAGCCGGAUAAUUGUCCAGAUAAAUUAUUCACGCUAAUGUCCGAAUGCUGGUCCACCGAUCCGGAGGACCGUCCAUCAUUUCGUAAAAUCUUCAAUACUCUGCUGUCGAUUAAAACCGAUGUUCGGCGUGUCAGUUUGGGUUAUAACAUCGAUGACAGCGACUAUGCCAUGUAUGCCAAUCAGCAUGGCAUUGUUUUCAGUAGCUUUUUGGGUACGCCCCUGAACAAAGUCAGCGAGGAGCAGGAGGGCCAGUUGGACAUGGACGAGGAAGAAGAAGAGGAAGAAACUUCCGCAUCCACAUAUGAAUGUAAACAAAAUCUUAAAAAUGAAGAAGAGAUCAAAUUAAAUGGCCAUGGACGUUAUGUCGUAGAACCUCCAGAAAAACUCGAUAUGAAAGUGCGUUUUGAAAAUAAUUUAAAUUCGAAAAAUAACAACGACUGUGAUUCACUGAACGAUGAGACGCAUUUAAUUGAUGCGAAACUGUAUCGUAUGCAAGAAAAUCCCGAUUAUUAUAUCAAUGAAGGUGUAUCGAGAUUAUAA